AUGAGAAACAAUAAUAACCGAGAUAAUGAAGAUCAAAAUCUCCGCCGGCCCCUCUUACCCCACGCCGGUGCAGCCGUUGCCGCCGACAAACACGAUUCCCAUAAUCACCGCCUCGACGACGACCGGAGUGUGACGUCGAAACUAUGGAUCGAAACCCAGAAGCUAUGGCAGAUCGUGGGGCCGGCCAUCUUCAGCAGGCUGGCCUCCUUCGCCAUGAACAUCAUCACCCAAGCCUUCGCCGGCCACCUCGGCGACGUCGAGCUCGCCGCCAUCUCCAUCGCCAACACCGUCAUCGUCGGCUUCAACUUCGGCCUCCUUUUGGGUAUGGCGAGCGCGUUGGAGACGCUGUGCGGGCAAGCCUACGGCGCCAAGCGCUACCACAUGCUAGGAAUCUACAUGCAGCGCUCAUGGAUCGUCCUCUUCUGCUGCUGCUUCCUCCUCCUCCCUCUCUACGCCUUCGCCACUCCGGUCCUCAAGCUCCUGGGCCAGCCGGAUGACGUGGCGGAGCUCUCGGGCCAGGUGGCACUCUGGCUCAUCCCGCUCCACUUCAGCUUCGCGUUCCAGUUCCCGCUCCAGCGGUUCCUCCAGUGCCAGCUCAAGAACCACGUCGUCGCCUGGGUCGCCCUCGUGGCGCUGCUGGUCAACGUCCUGACCAGCUGGCUGUUCGUCUACGUGUGGGGCUUCGGGGUGGUGGGCGCCGCGGUGGCGCUCGACGUGUCGUGGUGGGUCCUGGUGGCCGGGAUGACGUGGUACGCGAUGCGCGGUGGGUGUCCGCUGACGUGGACGGGGUUCUCGGUCCAGGCGUUUUCCGGGCUCGGGGAGUUUCUGAAGCUGUCGGCUGCCGCUGGGGUGAUGUUGUGUUUGGAGAAUUGGUACUACAGGGUUUUGAUAUUGAUGACGGGAUACUUGCAGAAUGCGACGGUGGCGGUGGAUGCUCUUUCUGUCUGCAUGAGCAUCAAUGGAUUUGAGAUCAUGAUCCCGCUGGCGUUCUUCGCAGCCACCGGGGUGAGGGUGGCGAACGAGCUGGGAGCUGGGAAUGGGAAGGCCGCAAAGUUCGCGACGGCAGUAUCGGUGGUGCAAUCAACUCUGAUCGGCCUAAUGUUCUGCGUACUGAUAAUGAUUCUUCGGGACAAGAUCGCUUUGAUCUUCACAUCCAGCGCCGACGUGCUCGCCCAAGUUGAUACGCUCUCCCCGCUCCUCGCCGUCACCAUUCUUCUCAACAGCGUCCAGCCAGUUCUCUCCGGAGUGGCAGUUGGAUCGGGGUGGCAAGCAACGGUUGCAUACAUUAACUUGGGAUGCUACUACGUGAUUGGCUUACCACUUGGGAUUCUUAUGGGAUGGACUUUUAAAUUGGGAGUUGAGGGGAUUUGGGGAGGGAUGAUCUUUGGCGGGACUGCGGUUCAGACGGUGAUUCUAGCCAUUAUCACCAUCAGAUGCGACUGGGACAAAGAGGCCGAGAAAGCCAGAAAUCAUGUACAGAAAUGGUCAACCCCACAAGAACAUUCACUACAGACAUGA